AUGAACUGCGGGCAGCCGGACCAGCUGCCGCCGGCCACGGCGGGCUUCCUCAACCUCAACUGGGACAGCUCCAUGGACGCCUCCCAUCCGAUGGCCUCCUCGCCGGCCUCCAACUCCGCGGCGGCCACCGAGGGGCUCGCGCUCCACGGGAUCUCGCCGCGGCCGCAGCCGCACUACGGCGCCGGCGGCACGCCGCUCGGCUCGCCCACCAAGCUCAACCUCUCCAUGAUGGGCCACCUGGAGAACCUCAUGCCCAUGGGCUCCCUCGACCAGUUCCUCGCCGACCCGGGCUUCGCCGAGCGCGCCGCCAGGCUCUCCGGGUUCGGCCCCGCGCAGUUUGGCCUCCCGGACGACGGCCCCGUCGGCGCGCUCAAGGAGCUGGAGCUCGGGAGCGCCCGGGACGACUCGUCGGUGUCCGAUCCGGCGUCGGCCGGCGCCGGGAUGGCGCUCAAGGGCGCCUCCGACAGCAAUGCCAGGAAGCGGAAGGCCGGCGGCGGCGGCAGCAAGGGGAAGGGCAAGGACGCUUCCGUGUCCACCACCUCCGCCAAGGAGGACUCGGCGUCGAAGCGCUGCAGGUCCAUGUCCAUGGAGGAGGCGGAGGAGAAUUCCGGCAAGGGGAAGGCCGCGCAGAGCAGCAGCGAGAACGGCGGGAGGAGGCAGGGCAAGGACGGCGCGUCCAAGCUCCCCGAGCCGCCCAAGGACUUCAUCCACGUCCGGGCGCGGCGCGGCGAGGCCACGGACAGCCAUAGCCUGGCCGAGAGGGUGAGAAGAGAGAAGAUCAGCCAGCGGAUGAAGCUGCUGCAGGACCUGGUGCCCGGCUGCAACAAGGUGGUGGGCAAGGCCGUGAUGCUGGACGAGAUCAUCAACUACGUGCAGUCGCUGCAACGGCAAGUCGAGUUUCUGUCGAUGAAGCUGGCGACGGUGAACCCGCAGCUGGACUUCAACAGCCUGCCCAGCCUCCUUGCCAAAGAUAUGCAGCAGCAGUCGUGUGGGCAGCUGCAGCAGGGCUCGUCGCAUUUUUUCCCGCUGGACGCGUCGGGCGCGCCGCUCCCCUACAUGGGGGGCCAGGGGAGCAGCGACCCUCUCGGCUGCGGCAUGUCCGACGGCGGCGGCAUGGGCGACGACCACGGCGCCAUGCACCCGCUCGACCAGGCCUUCUGCCGCCCCAUGGGCUCCCAGCAGCAGCACUUCCUCAGCGACGCCGCCGCCUCUCAGGUUGGGGCCUUCUGGCAGGAUCUGCAGAGCGUGGUUCAGAUGGACAUGGGGCAGAGCCAGGAGAUCGCCACCUCCUCCAACAGCUACGACGGCUCGUUGCAGACGGUCCACAUGAAAAUGGAGCUUUGA